CUCAACAAAAAAGGAUACUCUACUAAAUAGAAGAAGUAGCAAAAUCUACAUCUGAAAUACUUGGAAACAAGAUGUUGAUAAGAUCAUUAUUUAUAGCUUCAAUGGCAAUGUUAAUUACCGUUGCUCAAUGGGAAGUGAUUGGUGUAUCCGCAAUUGACCCGAUUGCAGCCACAGGAAAAGAAGCAAUGAUUGAGUUGUACAUGCAUGACCUUCAAGGAGGAAGCAGCCCAACAGCUAGGCCGGUUACCGGCUUGCUGGGCAACAUUUACAGCGGGCAAGUGCCUUUUGCGAUGCCAAUAGGAUUCAACAUCCCGCAAGGUCAGACUGCUGUCCCCAAUGCCAAUGGUGCUCUUCCAACUGUCAACGGAGUAUUCGGGAUCCCACUUGGAACCGGCUUGGCUGGUACGAGCUUUGCAGGAGACUCAAGCAACAAUAACAACCAGAAUAAUGCUCAGUUGCAGUUAGGACCUGAUGGUUUGGGACUUGGUUUCGGCACAAUCACUGUAAUUGAUGAUGUUUUAACGGCUCAACCAGAGCUGGGGUCACAAAUAGUUGGGAAAGCUAAAGGAGUGUACGUGGCGAGUUUGGCAGAUGGGAGUAGACAAAUGAUGACAUUUACUGCCUUGUUCGAAGGAGGGGAGUAUGGAGACAGCCUUAACUUCUAUGGCCUGUACAAGAUAGGGAGCGCCAUGUCGCAGUUAUCAGUGAUCGGGGGCACAGGGAAGUUCAAGAACGCAAGCGGUUUUGCAGAGCUCAGAGCUCUUAUCCCCCCAGGACAGGUUUCCACUGAUGGAGCAGAGACAUUGCUAAGGAUCACUGUCCAUUUGAACUACUAAAACUAUGAUGUCAAGAAUAUAAGAACAACUGGGUGCUGUUUGAUUGUAGAUGACUGUAAGAUUGGUCUUGUAUUUUGUCAGUUUGUUGCAGAAUGUAUCAGAAAUCUUCAUUGUAACCCUAAGAACCAUAUGGUGAUUUGUUUUCUUUUCUUC